AUGAUCAUGAGGCGUCUUGCACAACAACUAAAACAGUCUAUUUUUGGGCGAUGGCCUUCUCCAGCCCGGAAAUUUCCACAACCAGGCACUUUUCUUGACGCGAACUCGAAACUAGAGGAGGAAACGCUCAAAGGAUACUUACCACACCAUUUCUACCCUGUAAAUAUCGGUGAUAUGUUUCGCUCAAGGUACCAGGUGGUUGGAAAACUCGGCUAUGGCAGCCAUUCUACAGUAUGGCUUUCCCGAGACCUACAGCAGCAUGCUUAUGUUACACUGAAAAUGUAUGAUCAUGAGUCUAGCCAUGCAAGAACAGAAAAAGAGGUGUACAAACAUAUAGAAAGCCUCAAAUCAAGCCAUACGGGCUUUAAACUCGUGCGGCGCGCUAUCGAUGAUUUCGAAAUCAGAUCUCCAGACAAUGCAUAUUCUUACCAGUGCCUCGUUCACCCUCCUCUGGGUAUGAGCUUAUGCGAGUUACGCCAUCGGGCUAAAGGGAAAAUGCUUCCGGAGGAUUUACUUAAGCCUACUCUGAUUCAUAUACUUCUUGCUCUUGACUUCCUUCACACGGAGGCCGGUGUCGUUCAUACCGACAUCCAGGAAAACAAUGUCAUGCUCGGCGUGGAGGAUGAGUCAAUUCUCGUCGAUUUCGAGGAAGCAGAGAUGUCCAACCCCAGUCCUCGUAAAGCUGUUGAUGGUCGAGUGAUCUAUGCCUCCCGGAACCUCGGGAUCCCAAAAAUGCAUGGUCGCCCUAUUUUGUCUGAUUUUGGGGAGGCUCGCUUCAGCCUGACUCUUGGUAAACGCUGGGAAGAUGUCCAACCAUUGGUAUAUCGGGCCCCAGAGGUUAUUUUAAGAAUACCAUGGGAUGAGAAGAUCGAUAUUUGGAAUCUAGCAACUCUUACUUGGAAUCUCUUUGAACAAGGAAGUCUCUUCAAGGCCCGCGAUUCAAAUGGAAAAGUUUCAGACAGUCACCACCUUGCCCGGAUGAUCGCAAUCAUGGGCCCACCACCUAAAGAAAUGCUCCAAGGUAGUGAGUACGCAGCCAAGUUCUUCGAUAGUGACGGUAACUGGAGAAGCGCUGCCGAAAUCCCUUGCACAUCUUUGGAGAAACUGGAAAGGAAUCUGCAAGGUACACAACAAAGUUCUUUUCUCUGCUUCAUGCGGAAGAUGCUCCAGUGGCAACCGGAGAAUCGAGCAUCUGCGAAAGAAUUGUUGGCGGAUCCUUGGCUAAGGUCGAUUUAG